UUUACUUGGUGCCAGUUGGUGGUACCUCCUAGUGCCUGAGUCCGAUUCAUUCCACCUCCAGUCUCUCCCUUCUUUCUCAUGUCCUCCUCCUCGUCCUAGCUUCUACCCACCACCAUCGCCGACAUGUCGCAGACGACGCAAGUGCAGCAGCAGACCGACGCCAACAGCACGCAGGGCAGCGAAGAGGUGGACAAAAAGGACCAGCCGAAGAGCAGGAGGCCUCCCAACAAUGCCUUUCGCCAGCAGCGACUGAAGGCCUGGCAGCCCAUCUUGACGCCGCGGACCGUGCUGCCACUGUUCUUCGCAGUCGGCAUCAUCUUUGCCCCCAUCGGCGGCGUGCUUCUGUGGGCCAGCUCGACCGUACAGGAGUUGAUUAUCGACUACUCGGACUGCAACGCGACCGCUCCCAUCUGUCCCGAACUGGAGAGGAUACCGAGUGGGAAGAUCUCUUCUCACUUUAAGAACUCCACCGAUACCGCACAGGCGCCACAAUGGUGUAAAGAGACGGAUGUCCAGGUUGGCUUCCCAUUGAACAGCAGUCUGCCAUCAGUACACAACGUUUCAACUACGCAAUGUCAUCUGCAGUUCUAUGUGCCCGACCGCCUCUCCGGCCCUGUGCUGCUCUACUACCAGCUCACCAACUUCUACCAAAACCACCGACGAUACGUGCAGUCCUUUGACCAGGACCAACUGAAGGGGAAUUUCCGGGACAACGGCUCUAUCUCUGGCAGCAACUGCGAUCCUCUGGAACGGGGCAAGGUCAACGACAGUGACUCAGUAGAGAAGCCAUACUACCCUUGCGGGCUCAUUGCGAACUCGAUGUUCAAUGACACUUUCGCAAUGCCAGUCCUGUUGAAUGCGCCGGGAUCAGCGUCGCCCAAUAUCACCUACAACAUGACCAACGAGAACAUUGCCUGGUCCUCGGAUGCUGCUUUGUACGGUCUCGCGCCAUACACCCCUGAUCAGGUCGUACCUCCACCGAACUGGCGGGUUGCAUACCCAGUCGGUUACAAUGAGGAUUACCCCAUACCAAAUCUCAAGAUCUGGGAGGAGUUUCAGGUGUGGAUGCGGACGGCUGGUCUGCCGACCUUUAGCAAACUUGCGUUGCGAAACGACAACGAAGCCAUGGAGAUUGGGACGUACGAGAUGGUCAUCAAUGACUACUUUCCCGUCACCAUUUACGACGGCACCAAGUCGAUUCUGCUCUCGACUCGCACCAUCAUGGGCGGCCGCAAUCCAUUCCUAGGUAUCGCAUACAUCGUGGUCGGAGGCUUGUGCAUCCUCCUGGGCGGUCUCUUUACUGUCACACAAUUGAUCAGGCCAAGAAAACUGGGCGAUCACAGCUAUCUCUCAUGGAACUCCGAGGGCCCCUCCACGGCAACUACAACCGGACGAGCACCUAGACCUAACGAAGCAGCAUAAAAGAAGAUACGACUAUUGUUCAUUGUUCCAGUACGCAGUUGGUACAGGGCGUUUUGGUGUUUCAGGCGCAGUAUCGGGUUUCUGCACGGGUAUCUCAAAAUCACAGCGGUGGUGCCACAGAUGCAUCACGGAGGAUUGCCUCACAACGAAUGUUACCAUGAUCAACUUACCCGUCUUGCGCAGCUGUGAGACUUGCACCUCCCCUACGCAGCAAAUACACAACAACAUCCUUUAUACUCUCUGUCGCCAACCCAGCCAGCCCCGUUCUUUGCCCUUCAUGUUCUUCGAGCGCACCAGACCGGGCGGGCAGGCCGACUCCGAAAGGUGGCAAACAUGUUUUGAGCUUAGCGACUACUGACUUCCUCUUCGAGGCUCUAGAUUGGUCUUUUGGAAAGGCCUUCCGUGCUGCAGCUGGCGACCAGUCUCGCGGAUCGGCUUUGUUCGAGCUACCGAGCCUUUCUGACACAACGUGUAGAGCCGCAAACGUCGAGUUCUCGACUCCGACUACCCCAGGUAUAAGCUGAUCUGGAUCAGAGCGACAACUGUGUUAUAUACCAAGGGCAUGGUCCCACUAUUGUAGCACGGUUCAUCAGCUUGUGGUGUUGGCACGUUGAGUGGGAAGAUCAAGUACUUUCUAUACCCCAUUUACAUUCCGGGGGUUUAUAGCACUGGUCAGAGGCAAAGGCAGACUCACAUUCCUCGGAACGAUCGACACGAUCCUCUAUCGCUGAAGACGGACAUCACUUGCAAUAAUGAAGGGCUUCACCAUUGCCGCCUUGGCAACCAUUUUGUCUGUCGUCACAGCAGCGUCGCCGAAUCAGGACGGCAUAUCCACGUUCGUGGACCCUGCUACGAAUAUGACGAUUCGUCGAUUCGACUGUGGCACAACACGAGCGAAAGCCUCUGCACACUUUAAUGCAACCACCAAGUUCUUGGCUCGCAAUGGGCGUAGACCUGGGCAAAUCCCAGCGGUCUCCAAACGAGCCGCUGUCACUCCUGCGAUUACUAUAGAUACCUACCUCCAUCUUCUGACGACAACAGCAGCAGCGGGCACCUUGACGCCAGACAUGGCCACUGCGCAAGUCGCCGCGUUAAACAAAGCUUACAAUCGCAUUGGAAUCACUUUCAACCUCGUCAACGUAUCCACCACCGUCAACGAUACAUGGGCAAUCGCGGACGGCACCGCCAUGGAUGAUCUCAAAAAGGCACUGCGCGCAGGAAGCUACCGAGACCUCAACCUCUACUUCCACUCGGACCCUGCGGGCGGAAUCCUCGGCACGUGCACUUUACCCUCCCAAGUCACAGCCCAAACGACGGCAGCCGAGUACUACACCGACGGCUGCAACAUCAACGGCCACACGAUGCCCGGCGGCUCCCUGACGGGCUACAACAUGGGCAUGACAGCCGUGCACGAAACGGGCCACUGGCUCGGUCUCUUGCAUACAUUUGAAGGGUAUUCGUGCGAUGGCGAGGGCGAUUUGAUUUCGGAUACUCCCAUGCAGUCGACGAGUACGGAUGGUUGUCCUGCGAAACCUCCUAAGGAUAGUUGUCCCUCUAAGACGGGAGUCGAUCCGAUUCAUAAUUAUAUGGAUUAUUCUUCGG